AACUGGUGACAAUGCGGCUUUAACAAGUGUCUUUUUUAUGCUCUUAGGAGAGGGUCUCUUGUCAUAAGCUGGUCAAUGAGAUUUGAAGCCAAGCACAACUACUUCAAGAAGCUAUCCUUGAAAGUGAACAACUUCAGGAAUAUGACCUACUCUCUUGUUAAACGCCACCAACUUCUACAGAGUUACUUACUUCAUACCAUUGCUGGCCAGUUUCUUAAAAUGCAUCUUGAAGUUGGGCCAGGUAGGAAAGUCACUAUUGAACAAGAGGAGCUCUUUGCCCUACUUCAUGAAAUUGACGAAGAGAUCACUAAGGAAAGUACAGUUGUAUGCACUUCAUGGAACAAAGUGUACAAGAAAGGCAAUGUCCUUGUGCUAUCGCUUUAGCAUGGCAGUCCUGCUUUUGGAAAGGUCACCAAUGUCUGCCUGGUUGAUGGCCGUAAAGUCGUAUUUACUUGCGAUGUCUAAAUACUAUCGAAAUCAAUUCGAGUUUAUUCGAGUGUUGAGAUAGUGUGGUACAAAGCCUGCAUGUCUUAGUAAUUCGGUUUCAAGAAUUGUUCUUAAUUUAUGCAAUUUCACAAAUUUGUGACUAAUUCACCGAAGUCUAGCUCCGCGAAUCUAAGCGUGAUUUCAUUAGUUUAAGAUAAUAACAAACCUUUUACAUCAUGAAAUUCCAGAUUCUAUAAUUCACAAAUGUAAUACUCCGUCCAUGGCUCUUUUUCCUGAUUUAUUCGCAUAUCCCAGAGAUUCAAAAGUUUAGAAACACAACAUAAAAUAGCCGAAUUGCUAAAUGAACUCCUAAAUGAUACCUUACAAUAGCAUACUGACAUAAACAUCCUCCGAAGGUAAAAAGGUAAAAAAAAUUCAACUUAUGUGUAAACAUUGUAAGCCGCUGGCUCCACCAGUCCUAGACAUGUGAUGGGAUGUGAUGCGCAUGCUUAGACAAAAAGUCACCCUGUUUCCUGAGAGUUACUUUCAAUCGAAAUCUAAGUAAUACACAAACAAAAAUCAAACUCAAGAACUUUAGAAAGCCUGUGCAAAGGUUGUAGGUCUGAUUAUAGGUAAAUCAGAUUAUUUACUCUACUGAUGAGAAUUAGGUAAAGUUAGUGUCAAGAGGUGUUUUAGAUUGUGUUUGUUCAAUGUGUAGCUAGUACUGUGCUGUUAGCUCACCUGGCAAUCAAAGCAAAUAAAAAGCUUUUACGAAGAAAA